UCAGUGCGUGUAAACCGGAUAUCCACGAAGAUAGAUGUGAUGCCUUGAGCAGGAGCUGUUAAACAUCUGUUGAAAGAUUCAGUGAAGAGGAGGAUUUUCAUUGGCGAAUUUUCUUAGGGCAAGUCUGUUACUGCCUGGGCAGGUGAAAUGGCGUGUGCAAAAGUGCCUUUAGAUGAACUGCAUGUGAUUGAGCCCUUUGGACCACAAGGCAAAGAACGCUCCCUACCAGCACUGCACCCUGACCGUAAAGAAGAGAGAUGUUUCUUAACCUAUAAAGCCCCACCUGAAGAUGGCACACCUGUGCUGGUGGAGGAGUUUCUGGAGAAUGCUCAGUUCAUCUCAGAGGAUCUGGAGUGGCUGCUGGCUUUACCUCAUGACAAGUUCUGGUGUCAGGUGGUAUUUGAUGAGUCAUUGCAGAGGUGUUUGGACUCUUAUUUGAGACACGCUCCACGUAGUUUGGACCCGUCUGGUCUCUCAUGCACUCCAGCUGUGGCCGACAUGCAGAGGAACAUUCACCGCUCUGUGUUCAUGGUCUUCCUCAGAAUGGCUACGCACAAAGAGUCUAAGGAGAACUUCAUUACCCCUGCAGUGUUUGCAGAGAUUAUUUACAACAACUACCUAUUUGACAUUCCCAAAAUUCUGGAUCUCUGUGUGCUCUUUGGAAAAGGAAAUUCCCAACUGCUACAUAAAAUGAUCGAGAACAUUUUUACUCAACAGCCCAGUUAUUAUGGAGACCUAAAUGAGACUAUACCUUCUAUCAUCCAGGUGUUUGAUACGAUAUUACAGAAGUGUGGAAUUCAGUCAGAGGACACAGGAACCAGUCAACCCCUUAAACUGAAUGCAAACAAAUGCCUAACUGCCAUGACCAUGCCAGAGGAGGAGCUUGCAGACUUGGUUUUGUACUUGUGUGAUACUUGCACUACUAUCCAUUCUUUCCUGGACAUCUUUCCUGAGGCUUGUUCUACCUUUAAAGAACACAACUUUCUUAACAGAUUAUCAUCAUUCUAUGAGAUGGCAGUUCCAGACCUGGAGAAAGCAGUGAAGAAGAGAAAUUUUGAUAAAAGUUUACAGGAGGACAUGUGGAGACGGAUAUCUCAUUCAAGAAAGAAAAUGGUGGAGAUUGCUCACCUGCUGCUCCAACACACGUGUUUACAACCCAUACUGGAGGGCACUGAAAACAUGGUAUCCUAUGUAGAAGAUCUUCUACAGAACUUCACAGUUUUCCUUCAAGAGAAAAGAUUUCUGGCAGAUUAUGAUGAACAGUUCCCUGUAGCGGAUGAUAUUAGUCUCCUUCAGCAGGCCUUCCCUCAUUUAGAUGACACCAGGACGACUUACCUGUUGCAGGGUGUAGACUCUGCUUGGGAGUUUGUGGGGAAAAAGAAAAGCUUCCCCUCAUCAGCCAAUCACAGUGCAGGAGCCAUGGGCAAGGCUGGCAGAGAUUUAGCAGCUUCCCAGAAGGAAGGAGCAGGAGUGUUGGAAGACAGAGAGGAGUUGAGAGGAGCAGAAGCUAUGACUGAUAUUCCCCGUAAGGGUGACAACGGGGAAGUGUGCACAGUGAGCUCUGGAGAACUGGAAUCUCUGCUGUCCCAUAUCCGAGACCUGCUUCCGGACCUGGGAGAGGGAUUCAUACUGGCAUGUUUGGAGGAGUAUGGCUACAAUUCUGAACUUGUCAUUAACAACAUCCUCGAAGAUAAUCUGUCUCCUUCUAUUGACAAACUGGACAGGACAAUGGCCAGGCCUGUAAAGGAGGAGCUUCCCUCAGUUUUGAGCACCAGAUCAAACGUGUUUGACGAUGACGAGUUUGACGUGUUCAACCGUGACCGACUAGACAUGAGUCGCAUUUGGAAAGGCCGGAGACAGGGGGAGAGUGUGCGUGCCACGCUCAAUGACAAGCAGCACAUAGAAGAGCAGAGAGCGAGAUAUCAAGCCUACCAGACAGUGGUGGAUGAGAUUCCCAUAACAAAUGACCCCUCUGGAGACGGUAGUAAUGCUUUCGCCAUGGAGGAUUAUGAUGAUGAAUAUGACGACACGUAUGAUACCAACCAAAUAGGAGCCAAUGAUCUGGACGAAGAGGAUGAACUAUUGAACCGCAGGCCAUUUACUACCCCACAAGUUCUCAGAACAGGCAGACAGGCUCGGGAGGAUAAUGAAGACGAGGAUGAGGAGGAAGAGGACAAGAAUGAGGCAGUGAAGAAGGAUCAGUUCAUCCAGGACCCAGCAGUCCUCAGAGAGAGAGCCGAGGCCAGGAGAGCUGCUAUGCAAAGCAGGAAAGGUUACCGACCGCCGCCAUCAAGUAAUGUGGCAGGUGGGCCAAAGGGACGGGGCCAGACGCAGGAGACCGUUUUGGACCGGCGCAGAAAAGAAGCGAAUAAAAGCAGAGGAGCUAAUCACAAUCGUAGAACGAUGGCUGACAGAAAGAGGAACAAGGGCAUGAUCCCUUCCUAAGACUUUUACAUUAACAACAGCACACUGCACAUUCUUGGAGAGCUAAAAGCAUAGCACCUGAAGUCAAAUGUAGCUCUCCACUUAUAUAAGAUCGAUAUGCAUCGAGAUGACACUCUGGUCUAUUGCAUAGACCUGUUAUUCUUUCAGAUUGAAAAAGAGUUCUUAAUGAGUUUAUUUUCUGAAGUUUGAUGUUUGAAGUGCUUGGUGAAAUGCACAGGGAUGUGUGUCUAUAAGGGAUCAAGAUCAUAUCAUAUUUUUUUAAAUGUUCUUUUUGCUAGUGAUAGUCAACAUAAUGUAUGACAAGCAAACAGAGUGUUGUAAGGCAAAGGAGUCGUUGUCUUUUGCCCUGUAACACAUGUUUAUUGAACAGAGAA